UCAGCUUCUCGUGGUGGCCGCACGGGAAGGGGGCGUCGCCUCGGCGGUGUCGGUGGCGGCCGGAGUGUGUGCAGACGCCAACUGCAAAUACAUAUGAGACCACAACAGGACAGGAGGGAAAAUGAACCAUGAAGGCGAUGGAAGGGAAUCUCUGUCAGUCAGUGUUAUGCGUGCGGUAGCUAGGCACCUCUCUUCGUAGAUGGCCCAGCAGCUCAUGGAGACGUCCUUUGUCGGUUGGCCGACCUGACUUGCCAGACGCCUUUGUCGCCUUUCACCCGUGUCCACCACUCCCACUCGUCGGGUGUGGGGUUGUACUUCCAGCCAUCCUUGGCCGCAUCCUGGGCAACGACCAUCACGCGAGAAGGACCGAUGGUUGUUGCCCAUCUCCCUCUCCCUCUCUCUGUCUCGAUCUGCCCACCUGGGUGUGGAGUGGUCGUGUGCGUCGCAGUAGGCAAGCAGCUCUUGUUCGAGGGCAGCGAUGCGGGCCUGUAGGUCCUUCUUGGCGUCCUGGAUGGCAGCAUACACACGAAUGAAUGUGUCCAGAUCGAUUGAUAAGCGUACGAGGGGCCAGCGUUAAGCUUGUGUGUGAAGGUCUGCUUUGCUUACGUCUCGCUGCACCACCAUCCCCGCCAGUCUCGUCUGCACACAUCAAUGCACAAUGCGCAGAUGGACAUAUCGCAUCGCGUGCAGAGAGAGAGCAUCGAACGACUGUGCAUGGUCGCACCUGUCGGCUCGCGAGUGUGUCGAUGCUGUCCCUCGCCAAGGCGGCGGAGGGCGGCCGUAGCCAAGAUGGUGAUGCUGAGGCAUGUCAGGGGGUGGCCCUUCGUGCGGUGGCAUGUCUGCGUCGGGGGGCGGGGGCGCGUCGCGAUAGGCACGCAGCUCGUUUUCGAGGGUACGGAUGCGUUUCUGGAUGGCAGCAUACACACAAAUGAAUGUGUCCAGAUGGAUUGAUAAGCGUACAGGGUGCCAGCGUCAAGCUUGUGUGUGAAGGUCUGUCUGUCUGCUUUGCUUACCCCUCGCUCCCUCGCCAGCUGCACCAGCUUGUCCUGCACACAUCAAUCAAUGCACAAGAAAUGCCCAGAUGGACACAUCGCAUCGCGUGCAGAGGGAGAGCAUCGAACGACAUAGGUCUGUGCAUGGUCGCACCUGUCUCUCCUGGAACUUCUCGAUGCUGCCCAUGGCACGGAAGAGCGCCUUUUUGAAUACAGACACCAUUCUUUGUGGAUCUCGUUCUUUGUCCCCACGGUUGCUGCCUGAAGACUCACUCUCGUAGUAGUAGUGCUCUUUGAUGAACAUCUCCAGCCGCCAUCUCGGCCCCUUUAGCAACUCUGCAUCGUAAACCGACACGGACAU